AUGUCUUUGUUGGAUACAAUUGAAAUACAAGGUAUACGAAGUAUAGGCGUUGGACCUCAGAAUGCAAUCGUUAUUGAAUUUCUUUCACCACUAACGAUCAUUUGUGGCCCUAAUGGAUCUGGAAAAACGACAAUAAUUGAAGCUCUCAAAUACGCAACAACCAACGAACUUCCACCGGGGAAAAUGCCGACAUUCAUCCAUGACUACCGAAUAGCUAACAAAACACGUAUCGAUGCAUCGGUAAAGUUGAAAUUCAAAGAUAUUCGUAAUCGUUCAUGUGUGGUCACACGUCGCAUGACUGCACGAGCUGAAGGCACUAAAAGUAAGUUAACGACCAGAUCCGAAGAAAGCACAAUAGCUAUCGAAGUGGAAGCGGACGACUGGAAGAGUCUCUCUUCGAAAGUGGUCGACUGUAAGAAAGAGGUGUUGAACUUAUUGGGUGUACCUGCAGCAAUUCUGGAGUAUGUUGUAUUCUGUCAUCAAGAGGAGUCGACAUGGCCUCUUGAAGAACCAAAAAAGUUGAAGGAGCGAUUCGAUGAGAUAUUCCAAGUGAGUGGUUAUGUAAAAGCGAUCGAGUUGCUCAAAAAGGAAAUGAAAGAAAACAAGGGACAUCUACAGAUUUCACAAGCUAGACUGCCGUUUCUAAUCGAGCAACAAAGUCGCAAGUUGGAGGUCUAUGAUUUGACAUCUUAUAAGAAAUUACAUAAUGAGUAUAUCGAACUGAAACGACGUUAUGAAAUGGCUGAUAGGGAAAUGAAAGCAAAUGAAGAGAUUUUGGCCCAAUUGAAGGGCAAAUGGGAAGAGGCGAAAACAAAAUUGCAAAAUGCUUCAGAAACUGAACGAGAAUUCGAGCGAGUUCGUACUGAACAUCGCAUUGUGAAACAGCAAUACAACGAUUGCGCGAUGGUACCGGAUUUUCGCGGAACAGUUGCACAGUUGAAACAAGAAAUCGAGAAGGUGUCCAACUCGGCCGAAUUUUUGAGUGUCGAAAAGGAGCGUUUUCGUAUUGAAGAUCAAAUGAAGCAGUUGAAAACGCGACUGAAUGAAUUGCAGUCUGAAAAAAGCAAUGUAGAGGAUGCUAUAUCACAGUUGAAAGCUGUUAAUAUGUUACGUGAGAAGUUGCAUGAAGAAAAGCGUGAAGCAAUUGCAUCAGCGUGCAAAAUGUUCAACUUGACCGGUAGAUUGUUUUUCGGUUUCCAGAAAGAUCAUAGUGAACGGCUGGCCGCGUGUCAGAAGGCGAUUGACGCGUGCUCUAUAGAAUUCGGCCAAAUUAAGAGCAGAAUCGGAAUGACCGAUUGUGAAUGCGCGAAGUUGAAUGAAACAAUUCAGACGAUUAAUUCACAACUGAACGAUCAAACAAACUCACAAAAAGAGUUGAAGGGUGUUGAAUUCAGAAUCGAUAAAGUGGAAUUGGAAAUCGGCGAGUUGGAACGCCAGUUGAAUGAAAUGAAUCAAGCGACUAAGAGUGAUGAGGGCAGUUCGAAAAACGCUUUCGAUAUUGAUAACUUGAUGCAGCGUCGUGAUUUAAUCGCUGCUGAGAUGAAUAAAUUGCAAAGUGAAUACAAGGAACGGCAAAACGAAGAAGGAAUCGAAAAUGAGCUGAAGAGAGUGUUGGAAGAGAAAAAUCGAUUGGAAGGUGAAUUGAAGGAACUCACCGAAAGACAUCAGUCGUCAAUCAAAGAGAUAUUCAAUGGCGAUGAAAUUCAAUAUCCGAUCGGGUUAGUUUUUAUGUUUAUAAAGUUAAUUGAUCGUCUUGCGACUUUCUUGCGGAAGUUGGACAGAACCAAUGGGAUUGUGGAAGAAGAGUACCAAGAUCGAGAGAAGAAAUACUCAGUCGCAAAAAAUCGUUACGAACAAAUCCAACGAGAUCUCGACCAAAUCCAGCAGCAAAUCGACAAUCACCAACGAAAUAUCUCUAAGGUGUUAUCGCCGGGUGAAGACAUCGAAGCGAAGUUAUCAGAGAUGAAUCAGCUGAUCACGAAGACGCGUAAUGAACUUGGCGUUUUGGACGGAUGUCGUUAUCUGUACGAUAAAUGGGAUAAUGAAUUGCGUGAGAAAACGUGUUGUCCUCUGUGCGAACGAAAGUAUAAAGAUGCUCAAGAAGCUAAUAAAAUCUCUUCGAAGAUGAACAUGAAACGAGCAGAAUUACCCGAUGAAAUUGAACGUUUGCAAAGACGUGUGCGAGAAUAUGAAGAACAACAGAGCGAUCUGAUGGAGGUGCAGCCGUAUGUGAAUAUCGUCAAACGACUGCUCAAUGAUCGAAGCGAACUCGAGAGCGAUUUGAAAAUGGCUGAGAAUAAACGACGUUCAAUUGAAGAGGAGGUGGUGACAUCAAGAAAUGAUUUGGAAAAAACGCAGAAGAGACGAGAAACAUUCCGAUCUAUUCAGGCUGAUGCAUCAUUAAUCGACAAAACGUGGACUUGUUUGAAUGAAAAAUGUCGUGAAAUUAAACGUCUCGAAGCUGAGUUGAAUAUUGAUGAUGAUUUCGAGGACAAAUCGCGUGUUCGUCAACACUCUGUGGCAGAACUUCGGAAUGAGAUUGAGCGAUGUGAGAAUGAAUUCAGAAGUCUCAUCAGUGCAAUCGAUCAGGUGCAAUCGUCGGUUGCAGAACGAAGUAAAGUCGUUGAAAAGUUGAAUGCAAUACGCGAAAAUCGAUUAACAGUGAUGGAGAAUGCAAGGCAACAAUAUCGUUUAAUCGAAGCACUCAAAAACAAGCAGUCCGAGUUAGAUCAAAAGCGAACGGAACUGUUAGCAUUGAAUAUGAAAUUACCCACAAUUGAGGCGCAAUUACAGGCGAAGAUAGCGGAACGUUCUGAGAUACAGACAGAAGGUAAAAAUGAAGAGAAUGAACUGAGCGAUAUGCGACGAGCGAUUGAAGCGAUGAGAGCACAAAUUAAUGUGUCUAAAUUGUUGGUGAUUGAUUAUCAAUUGAAGUGGAUAAGUAGGCGGCCGAAUGAAUUGGUGGUUUGUGUUGUAGAGGUGAUUGAAAAAAGAAUCGAAAUCUCGAAGGAUGGCGUUGUUGAGCUUGAAAUGAAGGAAGACCAACUGAAACAGCUCAAAUCUGAAGCAAUUUCGGUUGAUGAAUCAAUGCGAACACUGCAAGCACAAUUCGAUAACGUCAACACAAAGCAAGAACGAAAACGACGUUUGGACGAACAGCUGAAGAAGAUGGAACUUGCCGAAAGGAUUGUGGAACUCGAGAAGACACAGGAACGGUUGAGUGCUGAGGUGAAGACUUUCGAAGGUGUUCGACGAGAGGAAAGUUUAAUACAAAAAACCUAUAGCGAAACGUCACUUGAUCUCGAACGAACUCGAGGAUUGGUACAAGUUGAAGGUGAAAUUUCAGGUGAGAUGGGAUUGCAGAAGAAACGAAUCAGUGAGAUGAAAGAGAAGUUAUGCAGCAGAGAGUUUUUGAAGUGUGAAGAGGACUUCAAGAAAGAAGUUAUCACCAAAUGCGUAACUGCAAAAGUUAUCGAAGUACGCAUACGAUUUUCUCAUGAUUUAUCAACGUAUAUUCGGGCAGUCGACGAGUCGAUUGUGGAAUUUCACGCGAAGAAAAUGGAAGAGAUUAACGAAAUUCUCGCAUCGUUAUGGGAACGCGUUUAUCGAGGCAGUGAUGUGGAAAAAAUUCAGAUUAAAUCAGAGAGUGUUGAUGAAUCCGAAAAGAGGAAAUCAUAUAACUAUCGAGUUGUUAUGCAUAUGGAUGGAAAGGAGAUCGAUAUGCCUGGCAGGUGUAGUGCUGGACAAAAGAUGUUGGCGUCAAUACUCAUUCGAAUAGCAUUGUCUGAUGUGUUUUGCGAUAAAUGCUCAAUAAUUGCUUUGGAUGAACCGACGACAAAUCUGGAUGUUUUGAAGGUGGAGAAUUUGGGUGACAUUCUAUCGGAAAUAAUCGAGGAGCGGAAUUCGUCAACACAAAAGGCAUUUCAACUGAUCGUGAUCACACACGACUAUCGUUUCGUUGAACAUCUCCGUCAGCUGUGUCGUCCCGAAUGGUUGUAUUCGUUGACCAAAGACACUGACGGUCUGUCUCGAAUCAAACGGCACAGGAAUAUCACGGAGACUGUAACUCGCGAGGAUUGA